GGGUGGUCAGAGGUACGGUUCCGCGCCUGCGCGGGCGAUGGUCUGUCGAUUGCUCUCUUCUUCUAGCUGGUUGGGGCUUUACUCUGCCGAGCUACGAGAUGCGAAGACUGCAGGUGGUGCUGGGUCACCUGAACCGCCAGCCCGCUUCGGGUCCGGAGCCGGCGCCGCGGGCCGCGCCAUGUUGGAGCAGCGCUCCGCAGAAGUCGGCGGAGGAUGUAGUGGUGGUGCACGGGCGGCGCACGGCUAUUGGCCGAUCGGGCCGCGGCGGCUUCAAGGACACCACCCCCGACGAGCUUCUCUCCGCCGUCAUGACCGCGGUUCUCCAGGACGUCAAGCUGAGCCCGGCCCAGCUGGGAGAUAUUUGCGUGGGAAAUGUGCUUCAGCCUGGGGCCGGAGCAUUAAUGGCCCGAAUUGCCCAGUUUCUGAG